AUGCCACUUUACAUACCGGAAGACAUCAUUCAUCACAUAUUGAGCCGAGUACCCGAAGUGAAAACCCUAGUAAGACUAUCUUGCGUAUGUAAGCUAUGGCAUCAAAUCAUCACUUCUGAUAAGGUUUUCAUAAAGGCUCACCUCCGCAACCAGUCGACCCGAAAUGUGUUGUUUCGUCAUGUGGAAAAUAAAACUGAAGAGCGCAAGGGAUACUUCUGGACGUGGAGGUGUGAUCAUAACCGCGAGAGAUUCAUAAAGGUCGAUGAUGAAACUAUCAUCGCAUCAAAUAUGGGUGACCUAACUAAAUCUACAGAACUCGUGGGUUGCUGCGAUGGGGUGUUUUGUUUUGCCAGAUACCGCGAUGUCGAGAAUGACUGGGAGGUAUGCUUAUGGAAUCCUGCGUUACGCCAAUACAAAAUCUUACCAAUGACGGUUGACAAAGUCUAUCACCCUGUUGCUAUUGGUUUUGGAUUUGACGUUACAAGCAAUGAUUACAAAGUGGUUAAAGUGUAUUCAACUUACAAAGAAGAGGAGGAGAAGGAGGACAAGAAGAAAAGCAUGUAUAUAAAUGUUGAUGUUUAUAGUUUGAACACUCAUUGUUGGAGAACAAUUAACACCCGACCUAUUACUAUUGAGCAACCUUGGAUCCCUUUACGGGAGAAAGGCUUGAUUCACAAGGGAUGCUUUUAUUGGAAAAGUAGAAGCAGUGAUGGAUGCAAAAAUAUUUAUAAUGAGGAUCGAGAAGUUAUUUAUUUGCAUAAGGUUGACUUGAGUAUUCAAGAAAAUGGUGAAAAUAAUUUUGGAACAUAUGUGUUACCUGAUUGUAUUGAUUCAGUGCAGUUUCAUCACCUUACAAAUUUUGAAGGAUAUCUCUCCAUAUGUGCUUAUGCAAAUAGCGAAUUUCAUCUCUGGUCGAUGAUGAAGGGUACUCAACCUAAUGAAUGGAAGAAGCAACUUAUUGGGAAACCAGCAGGAUUGGGUCAGUAUCGGUUCGUCGCCCUAAACAGCAAAAUGUUGACAUAUCAAUUCUCAGAAUCCUCCGAAGCAUCGCUAGUGCUUUAUGAUUGUGAGCGCAAAGUAAUUGAUGAGAAAUUGCCUGGAGGAGUGAUUCAUCAUUUGUCGGAACUAUACGAUUGGAGCUACUCGGUUGCUGACAAUUACGUGGAAAGUUUGGUCAGUGUCAUCCCUCCUCGUACCGAAAGACAUAAGAAUCAUCUUCGUACUUUAGUGUUUGGAUCCCUUCCUAUAGUGUUAUUUUUGUCGAAACAUUUUGUAUCACACUCUUUAAAAUCUUAA